ACAGACCUUCACCCUUGACGAGGAAAGAGUGUUGCAGCAGAUGUGCCAUGAUUAGGUAAAGGGAAGACAACAUAAAGACGUCUACAGAUGAUGCGGGGGUGACAGAUGUUAAACCCAGAAAGGAAACUGUACGACAAAGAGCCCACGUGUACGAAGCCAAGACAAAUAAACUAGUCUCCACAUUUGUCAUCAUGUCAGCCAGUGCCAAAACCUGGGAGCAUCUCCGAGACAAAAAAAACCAACUGACGGAAUUUCUGCGCAAGAUAGGACUGGAAGAUCACUUGACAAGCAAACUCACAUUAGGUGCUGUCCUUGAGAUCGGCCCAGAGAGUGUGACAGAUGAACCAAUCCGGUCUGUGAAAGAUCUUCCCAGUCACUUUCUGAAAAGACUGAUGAUGGUGAAUGUGACAGCUAGAAGUACGAGGUGUGCAAAUGCGAACGAGACACAAACGGAUGCAAAACCUGCGGACAUUGACAGUUUUUUUGACGGUUUGUGCAGUAAUGGUAAUUGUGACGAUAAUCGAAUCAAUCCACUGGAUCUCAUCACAGCUCUCUUCCUGUGCGCCGACAGCUUCCUGCAGCAGGAAAUGAUGUCAAAAAUGUCGAUGUGCCAGUUUGCUGUACCUCUCUUGCUCCCUGACUGUAGCACCGAUCAGUGUACAUUAAUGCUGUGGGCCAUGAGAGACAUUGUGAAGGAGUGGAGGCCCCACUCACUAGCAGAGACCAGAGGGUUUGUGGAAGACAGUAUAGUCCGCACUGCCUUGCCAAUGAUCUCUUUUGUCAGUCUGGGCGACUGCAGUCUGUCCAAAUCACAGAUUCUGAAUCAGGUUCUCAGUAACCCCCAGCAGCACCAUGAUUUCUUCAUCCAUCGUGAUAUGUCGGGUGGGGAUGUGUCACAAGAGAUUUCAAAUGGUUUAGUAGAAAUCAGUUGGUACCUUCCUUGCGGAAAUACAAAUUUAGACAUCUUUUCAGAACCCAUAGCUAUUGCUACACUUCAAGGAGACAUAUGUGCCUUUGAAACACAGUUUAGCUUUUUAGUGCAAACAUCAUCAGCUGUUUUUGUAUUUUUUGAUAGCAUAGAAGAGAAUGAGUACAGGUUACUGGCAUCACUGAAGAACACCAAAUCGCAACUGAUUUUGGUUGUGAACAAGUCUCAGAAUACAGAUCCUACUACUGUGAAAGAAUUGGCUAAAGAGUUAAAUUUAAAUCAAAAUAAUCUCCAGAUGAAGAACAAACAGAUCAAUGAUGCAGACUUUACUAAUAAUCUGCGCAAAGCCAUGAAGGGCAUUGUGCAAAGCAAGCCAAAUACAGUGAGAAUUGAAGACAUGUCUGCAACAGCGCUUGAAUUAGGCAUUUCUGUAGAUGAAGAGUGUGUUGAAUGUAAAAAUGCAAAAACAAGGGCCAAAGAGAUUACUGCUCAAAUUGGCAGAAUAAUAAAGAUACCUCAAUAUAAGGAGUCAAAGCUACCUUUGCAAGGGGUACCUUGGAAGAAACUAGCAGAAUUAGAAAAAGAGGAGUGUAGACUGGAAAAGGCAGGAGAUCGGCACGUUGAACUAUAUAAGACUCAGCUACAGGAAAAAAAGAAGAAACUACGACAAGAACAAAGCAAGCACAAGACUCCUAAAGCAAUGGCUACAUUCAUCAAGGCAAUAGCCAAUCCAAACACAAGAGAAAAAGCCUAUUUCCUCAAGUGGAUGAGGCUGAACUUGGAUCUUAUUGCACGAAAAGAACUCUCUCACCUCCGUGAGAGUUAUAAAACCCAACUGACAGAUUUAAAAGGUCCAAACAAAAAUGAAAUUGCAGACUUGGACAAAAAAAUAUUAGAGAGUUCCCUUGGAGUAGAACAUUUUAUGCGUGAAAUUGGACAGCUCUACGAAGCUGCUUGCUUCUUUCCUGAGAAAUGCUGUCAGGAAGACGUUGCCAGUCUUCCCAGCAUUGUGGCUGAUCUGCUGUUGGACGGCUUCCCUCUUGAGCUGAUGGAUGGAGAUGCAUCAAAUAUCCCUGUAAGGUGGGUGACUGAUGUUCUAACUGAGCUCCACAGGAAAGUCCAACACAAGAGCAGGGUGCUGGUUGUAACAGUGUUGGGAGUCCAAAGCACUGGGAAGUCUACCCUCCUCAACACAAUGUUCGGGGUUCAGUUUGCAGUUAGCAGUGGCAGAUGCACGAGAGGAGCCUUCAUGCUGUUAAUCCGAGUCAAAGAGAAUCUCAAAGAAGAGCUGAACUGUGAUUUCAUCCUGUUAAUCGACACAGAAGGUCUCAAAUCUCCAGAGCUGGCACAGCUAGAAAACAGUUACGAACAUGACAAUGAGCUUGCAACACUGGUGACUGGACUCAGCGAUAUUACAAUAAUAAACAUCGCAAUGGAGAACUCCACAGAGAUGAAGGAUAUCUUGCAGAUCGUGGUGCACGCCUUUCUUAGAAUGAAGGAAGUGGGGAAGAAGCCAAAGUGCCAGUUUGUGCACCAGAAUGUCGGGGGGGUGUCUGCUCACAACAAAAACAUGACCGAAAGGAAGCAUCUUUUGGAGCAGCUGAAUGAAAUGACCGAGAUAGCCGCCAAAAUGGAGAAACAAAACUCUGCCAGUAAAUUCACAGACGUUAUGGAGUAUGAUGCAGAGAAAAAUAACUGGUACAUCCCUGGCCUGUGGCAUGGCAUUCCACCAAUGGCACCAGUGAACACAGGCUACAGUGAAGCUGUGUAUGAGUUCAAGAAGAGUCUGUUUAAGGUUUUAAAACACUGCAAAGACGAUCAGCCUCCAGCACAUAUUACAGAGUUCCUGAAGUGGAUGGAAAGCUUGUGGAAAUCUGUUAAAUAUGAGAAUUUCAUUUUCAGUUUCAGAAAUACACUGGUGGCUGAUGCUUACAAUAAACUUUGCCUUGAAUUUUCUAAAUGGGAAUGGUCUUUCCGAAAACACAUGUUUGUAUGGGCAUCAGAGGCAGAGGUGCGUAUUUCUAACUUCAAGAGUAACCAGUCUAUGAACCUUAUUGAUUUACUGAGAAGAUUACAAUCAGAGGCAACUCAGGAACUGGGAUCAGAAGAAACAAAACUCCGUGGCCAACUGGUUGAAUAUUACAAGAAAAAGGAAAGACACAUUCCUCUUGUGGAAAAGUACAGAGGAGACUUUUUGAACAGCAUUAAAAGUCUCAAGAGGGAAACUGAAAAUGCUAUUCAUAACACACUGGACAAAGCCAUGGAAAUUCAAAAAGGAAUGACAAAGUUAAAAGAUAUUCACGAAAAGCAUACUGCAGCAAUUGAACAGAAAGUACUGUGCGUGCUUAAAGAAUGUAGGAAGAGGGGUGUGCCCUUAUCUGACACGAAGCUGGAUGAAGAAUUUGAAAAUAUGUGGCGCGAGACAGUGUAUGAACUCAACUUCAAGGCUCUGGACAAGCAAGACGUUGUAUCGCAUGUCUUUAGCCAACUGAGAAGCAAUUUAGAAAGAUAUGGUGGUUCAGUUAAGGAGCAGUUAAAUGCUGUAAAGGAUUUGACAGAAUGUGGAGAAACAGCUUUUAAGGUACAUAGCGAACACUUCCAGAAAUGUUCACUUUUUAAAACUUUUUUAAAGAGAUUGUUCAAUAAUCCCAUAAAACAGACAGAAGAGAUGGCAACAAAUUUAAUUGGACAGUGCAAAGAUUAUGUUUCACAACUAAAAAAGGGUAAAACAGAUUACUAUGACAUUUACACUGGAGAGCUGCUAGAAAUGAUAGAUAAAACACUGGAGGAGACUAAUAAUAAGAAACUCAAAACCAACACAGCUUUUGAUGUUGACAUCAAGUUGCAUAUCUGUGGGUUCGCUGCCAAGGGAUUUCAACAGAUGCAUGAACAGUUCCUCAUAGAGAACGAUCCUGAGCAACAGCUGGAAAAGUUCAAAACUCAGUACAAAUCAACAUUCGUAGAUCUUUAUCAGAAAAAGGAUCAAUGCCAAAAAAAAGCAAUGGAAUUUGUCAAUCUCUGCCUCACACCUGCAGUGAAGGAAUAUGUUCAAAGAACUCUUGGGUUUGAAAUUGUAGAUGCAAUUCUGACUGGUGGAGAAUCUGUGAAAUACAGCUCCCGGUCCUUCUUCCAGUUCACCAUUCUAAAGCAAUUGCUUAUUGAAGGAAACUUUAAGAACUAUGUGCAAUACACUACAAAAUACAAACAUUUUGUCAAGAAGUGGAUUUCGAAUCGUAUCGUCUGCCAUUUUUCAAACAAUGCUUCCAUUGGUGAUUUAGAAAUUAAAUGUCUUGACGUGAUAACAACGAAAAUAGAAGAUGCCAUUAAAACCUCGCAAAUGGGGAAAGAUGACACAGCCCUGACUGAUGAUGGCAAAAGCACAUCGAUAUUCAUUGAAAACAUCUGUAGCACUCUGAGCAAAGACAUUGUGAUUCCCCAGGACACGCUGAGAGGAAUCAUUUUCCAGAUAACAGCAAAAUAUGAGGAGUUUGUGACGGCUCUUCAGAUUUUUCUGAAAGAAAUGAAGGAAUUGUUACGUGCUGAAUUUUCUAAGGGAUCCAAAAUUGAGAAGAAACUUCAAAAUCUGCCAUUCAAUCCACUGGAUGAGCUGUUCAAGAGGGUGUUUGGCUGUGGGGAGCAGUGUCCAUUCUGCAAGGUCCCCUGUGAGGCAGGAGGCAAGGACCACAAGGAACACCAUGCAUCAGUGCAUCGACCCCUGGGGUUGGGGAGAUACAUAUGGUCAGAAUCUGAAAAACUAUGUGCAAGUAUAUGUUCAACUAAUGUACACAGUAAUACAACAUUUCAGAGUCCUGAAACAGAGUGGAAGACGUAUCCCUGUAAAGACUAUCGGAAAUUCUACCCUGACUGGCACAUUGCCCCUGAUCCCAGUAUUGAAGCCUCUGACUACUGGAAGUACGUGCUGACUACAUACAAUGAAGAGUUUGCAAAGGAGUAUGAGGUAGAGCCUGCUGAUAUCCCUGAGCAAUGGAGAAGCAUAACAAAAGACAACGCAAUGAAGAGUUUGCAAGAAUUGUUUAACGUCGAAUAAAUCAAAAGACGUUUGAUGCACAGAGUUUGCGUAGCCAAAAAAAAAAAUCUAAAGCAUUAAAACUGAGCAUAAACAAAGACAUCUAAUAGUACAGAAUUAUCCCGGGUUCAAAAGGCAUGUCGUAUGCAGACAGGCUGAAACAAUUGAAUCUAUUCAGUCUUGAAUAAAGAAGACUAUGCAGUGAUCUGAUUCAAGCAUUCAAAAUCCUAAAAGAUAUAGACAAUGUCGACCCAGGGGACCUGAAAAAAGAAACCAGGACCAGGGGUCACAAAUGGAGAUUAGAUAAAGGGGCAUUCAGAACAGAAAAUAGGAGGCACUUUUUUACACAGAGAAUUGUGAAGGUCUGGAACCAACUCCCCUGUAAUAAUGUUGAAGCUGACACCCUGGGAUCCUUCAAGAAGCUGUUUGAUGAGAUUCUGGGAUCAAUAAGCUACUAACAACCAAACGAGCAAGAUGGGCUGAAUGGCCUCCUCUCGUUUGCAAACUUUCUUAUGUUCUAUAACAAGGGAAGACGACUCUAGACCUGGAGUGCAGUUAAAUUGCAGGCUUAAAAAUUGCUUUAGGUCAGGUCACGGGGUUAAUUGGUUAAUUGCUUAAUAAACAAACAAACAAGAUUUUAUAGCUGAUAUGCUUUAUUUGUCCGUCAUUAAAAUGAUAUUCACGGAAACAAAAUGUACAAACCAGCAACACAUCAAAAAUAAUCAAAUUUCCUCUGCUUAUUUUUAAAAUAUACAGCCUUGUUUUUACAUACUGGUUUAAAAAAUGCCAAUGAUAGCUGAGAACGUCAUUUACUUUAGUAUAAUCACAUUAUGUCUGGUAUUUUAAGAUCUAUAAAUAUAUGUAUUUGAAAUGUAUGGAAUAC